GUUUUAGCUCAAGGCCGCCAUUUUGUGCGGAGACCACUCUGCCAAACAGGGUGAGAGAGGAUUAAAACAGCGGCAGGAGACGAGCGCGUUUAACAUCAUCACCGAAAGACUGCAGAACUGAACCCCUGCUUUCCACUGAAUUCAUCGAGAAAAUAAUAAGAAGAGUGUUCAGGGCAGGCAUAGUUAGCAGUGAGUACAGGUUGGGCAGACAUUUCGUUCCAUAGAAGCUGAGAAAUGGAAGAUGCAGACCUAGACAUAUGCAGUAUUCACUGUUGGUUCAGGCUAGACGGAUGGAAGGAGAGCCCACUGGCACUGUGCUGGAGCAGGGCGGAGACGCCUACAAGGGCAAGGACUGCAAGACGUACGAGCGGCGGCGCGAGGGCGGGGCCGAGGUGGAGGCGGGGGCGGAGCUUCUGCAGGCGGUGGGGAUGGAGGCGGCCGACCCUCAGCAGCAGGGCGAGGCCGGGGUGGUGGAGAUGAUGGUGAUGGACUCCCUGGACCCGGCGCUCCUGCAGAUGAAGACGGAGGUGAUGGAGCACCACCACCACCACCCUGAGGUGGGCGUGGGCGUGGGCGUGUCCGGCACGGCGCACGAGGCCACGGUCUCCACGGCGGACGACACGCAGAUCAUCACGCUGCAGGUGGUGAACAUGGAGGAGCAGCAGCUGGGCCUGGGCGAGCUGCAGCUGGUGCAGGUGCCCGUCUCCGCCGCCGCCGCCGUGGACGAGCUGCAGGGCGCCUUCGUCGACGCCUCCGACAUGCCCAAGGACGGGGAGCCCGUCAUCUGCCACACGCUGCCGCUGCCCGAGGGCUUCCAGGUGGUGAAGGUGGGGGCGAACGGGGAGGUGGAGACGGUGGAGCAGGACGAGCUGCAGGCCGAGGAGCAGCUGCCCGAGCCCCAGAACGAGGACCCGUCCUGGGCCAAAGACCCCGACUACCACCCGCCCAUCAAGAAGACCAAGAAGGCCAAGAAGAGCAAGCUGCGCUACGACACGGAGGAGGGCAAGGACAUGGACGUGUCCGUCUACGACUUCGAGGAGGAGCAGCAGGAGGGGCUGCUGAGCGAGGUCAACGCCGAGAAGGUGGUGGGGAACAUGAAGCCCCCCAAACCCACCAAGAUCAAGAAGAAAGGUGUGAAGAAGACGUUCCAGUGCGAGCUGUGCAGCUACACCUGCCCGCGGCGCUCCAACCUGGACCGCCACAUGAAGAGCCACACGGACGAGCGGCCGCACAAGUGCCACCUGUGCGGGCGCGCCUUCAGGACCGUCACGCUGCUGAGGAACCACCUGAACACGCACACAGGAACGCGGCCACACAAGUGCGGGGACUGCGACAUGGCCUUCGUCACCAGCGGGGAGCUGGUCAGGCACCGCCGCUACAAACACACCCACGAGAAGCCCUUCAAGUGCUCCAUGUGCGACUAUUCUAGCGUGGAGGUGAGUAAGUUGAAACGGCACAUCCGCUCUCACACGGGCGAGCGGCCCUUCCAGUGCAGCCUGUGCAGCUACGCCAGCAGGGACACCUACAAGCUGAAGAGGCACAUGAGGACCCACUCAGGGGAGAAGCCGUACGAGUGCUACAUCUGCCACGCCCGCUUCACCCAGAGCGGCACCAUGAAGAUGCACAUCCUGCAGAAGCACACGGAGAACGUGGCCAAGUUCCACUGCCCCCACUGCGACACCGUCAUCGCCCGCAAGAGCGACCUGGGAGUGCACCUGAGGAAGCAGCACUCGUACAUCGAGCAGGGCAGGAAGUGCCGCUACUGCGAGGCGGUCUUCCACGAGCGCUACGCCCUCAUCCAGCACCAGAAGUCCCACAAGAACGAGAAGCGCUUCAAGUGUGACCAGUGCGACUACGCCUGCCGCCAGGAAAGGCACAUGGUGAUGCACAAGCGCACGCACACGGGGGAGAAGCCCUACUCCUGCAGCCACUGCGAGAAGACCUUCCGCCAGAAGCAGCUGCUGGACAUGCACUUCCGCCGCUACCACGACCCCAACUUCGUGCCCACCUCCUUCGUGUGCACCAAGUGCGGCAAGACCUUCACCCGCAGGAACACCAUGGCCCGGCACACGGAGACCUGCACCGGGCCCGACGCCGACGGCGAGAACGGCACGCCGCCCAAGAGGGGCAGGGUGGGGAGGAAGAGGAAGAUGCGCUCCAGGAAGGACGAAGACGACGACAGCGAUGAGCACGGAGAGCCGGACCUGGAUGACAUCGAGGAGGAGGAUGAGGAGGAGGACGACGACCUGCUGUCGGCCGCCGAGUUGGAGGUGGAGCAGGCGCCCGCCACCACCCCGGUGCCCGCCCCAUUGCCCCCGCCCGUCAAGAGGAAACGAGGCCGACCGCCCGGCAAAGCCAACCAGCCCAAACCCGCGCCCCCCGCCGCAAUCAUCCGGGUGGAGGACGAGAGCACCGGCGAGGUGGAGAACAUCAUCGUGAAGAAGGAGGCGGAGCCCGCGGCGGAGGCGGACGCGGAGGAGGAGGAGGAGGAGGGCGGAGCCGAAGGCAGGGAGGCGGAGAACGUGCAGCUGCCCGCCGCGGAGACCGCGCCCAACGGAGACCUGACGCCGGAGAUGAUCCUGAGCAUGAUGGACCGAUGAUGGGCGCGGCGGCUAGCCGCCCCCCCCGCCUGCACGCCAGCUCCUCCCAUCGACCCAAAAACUCCGCCCCCCUUCAGUACUCGGCACCCUAUGACCAGUUUGUUUUUGGUUUUGUUUUUUUGUUUGUUUUUUUUUACAAAUUUCAACUCCCUGCUCUCUGGCCUUCUGGCUUCUCGCCCUUCAGUAGCACAUCCAGCCGCGCAGAGGAUUGUGGGACGGCCGCGGGUGUAGAGGAGCCAUUUCUUAAUGUCGUGAUAAGAUCAAAUACGGCGUGUCCCGGUUGGAGGAGGGGGGGAGGGGAGGGGAGGGGUGGGCGGGGCCUGCCAUCCAGACGCGAGGUCCGCUUUACCCUCCCGAUCGAUACCUUAAGACCCCCUCGACGCUUCUGUAACCGCGCCGCGGAGUCGCCGAAACGCCGGGGGGAACGCCGCGCGCGCUCGCCGGUCGCCGCGCACGACCCUCUCGCCGCUCUGAAAGGACGCGGUGACCGUUCGUUCGCUCACGUUUCCCGCCCUUUUCGAAGGAAUCGCUCUUGCCCGCGCGGUUGCCCACCAGCCUUUUGCCGCCUCGGACCACGUCGCCUGACGGAUCGCUCGUUCUCGGCCGAGAGAGGCAGAAUCCUGACAUCUGUUGUGAAAGCCUGCAAUUAUGUUGUACAAAAAGCAAUCUCGCUAGUUUUGCUUGUAAAUAUAUAUUUUUUUUUUGUUUUGUUUUAGGUACAUUUUAAUCUUUCCUAGUUAUCAAAUACCUUGUAAAUGCAGAGAAAUAGGCGUUUUAAGAAGUAGCUUUUGGAUUUCAACCAACAAAGUCUUUUCGCUCUCGGUGUGUGAAUGUGCAGAAAUACUACGGAGAAAAUCAUGUAGCAAAACAUGGCCCUCGGACAUGCCCCACUUCCCUUUAUCUUCUGCGGUCUGCACACACACAGGUAUAUACACACACACGUAUGUACACACACUGUCACUCAAUCACACACACACACGUAUAUACACACGCACGCAAUCAUAUACACACGCAUGCACGCACACGUGUAUACACACAUACACACACACACACACACACAAAUCAUCUACGCACACCAAAUUUGUUGGUGUGAGCCUUUCUGUUUUGGGCUAUUCAGCAGAGUGGACUUGUCCCACUAGGAGAAAAAUGUCUUCUUUUUUUUCCACGAGCCCUUUUAAAAUCCAAACCACUGUAGCGCACCUGCUAAACAUCAUAGCCAGACACACGACAUGUCUAAAACUUUUUUUUUUCCUUUUUGGAAACGAAACCCCCUUUUUGUCCGAUUCGUCGUAGAUUCGCGUGAUUACAUUGCACCCGGGCGGGGUUUUUGCACGUGCGAUUGAGGAAGCCGGUCAUGUGAGACGUCGGCGCGUGCAGGGGGCGGGGCUGUGGGGGGAACGCCGUCUGUCUGUCACAUGCUGAAAGCCGUCUGCUUUUGCUAAGCGUUCUUACUGAUUCAGAAUGACAUUUCCUACUACAUCUAUAAUUGUAUUCUGAUUCGCUCUGGGUUUUUUUUUUUUUUUUUUUAACUUCGAGGUUAAUGCUUUUUUUUUUUUUUUUUUUUUUGUACUUGGCUGUAUCAUGUGAGUUUCUCAGUGUUUGAAAGCCAACAUUAUGGAAUACAUUUAUCAGGGGAGGGGCACGGAGGAAGUAGAAUGUAUCGCUGUACAGCUAUUAAAACAAAAAUGACCGAA